AUGUUACUUAAGACGGGUGCAUUAUUUGCACUAUCUGCCAGUAUCUCGAGUGGUUAUGUAUUACCUGAAAUAGUUCAAGAGGCAUUCCAACUGGACAAAACUAGGGAUGCGCUGUUAGACCAGAAUCACAAGCCAGAUUCUAAUCCACCUUCGUUAUUCUCCAAUAUCCUACCUCAUAUCCCUUAUUUCUUAAAACCACAAGUGGACUCAAACAAACUCCAAGAGUCUAUUUCUAUUGAUGAUUUGAAUGCUACUGCUUGGGAUUUGUAUCAUAUUGCUGAGGCUUCUGAAAAGCACUAUGGUCACCCAACCAGAGUCAUUGGUUCAAAAGGGCAUAGAAAGACAAUUAAAUACAUUUUGAAGCAAUUCGAUCAAAUGAAAGACUAUUAUGAUGUCUCUUUGCAGCAUUUUGACGCUUUGAGUGGUAAGAUUAAUUCAUUUAACUUGACUGACGGUGUAACUGGUGAACCUUUCAUUAAUUCAACCGCUUUGAGUUUAUCUCCUCCUGUUAAGCCUUUCACAGGUAGAGUUGUUCAUAUUGCAAACUUAGGUUGUAACGAAGAAGAUUAUAAGGUUGCUCUACAAGCUUUGAAUGCUGAAAACUCUUCAAAUGAAAAAGAAGACUCUAUCUACUUCGAAAAACGUUCCGAUAAAAAAGAUAAGCAAUCCAAAAAAUCUACUGGUAAGAAAUCAAAGAAACAUAAUAAACACAAUAAACAUGAAAAAAAAGAAAAGUUAAUAGCUUUGAUUGAAAGAGGCCAAUGUUCAUUUGGUACAAAGAGUGAACUUGCUGGUAAGUUCGGCUUUGAAGCUGCUGUUAUAUUUGACAACGAUCCACAAUCCACUGGUUUACAUGCAACUUUAGAAAAACCAAAGAAACACACAGUUUCUACUAUUGGUGUUACUUACCAAACUGGUCAACUAUUGAUCACUUCGAUUGAAAACGAUUCGAAUUAUACUCUAAACUUUGCCAUGGACUCUUAUGUUAAAAACAUUAGAACCGUCAACGUCAUAGCUGACACUAAGAGAGGUGACCCAAACAAUAUCAUUGGUUUAGGUGCCCACUCUGACUCGGUUGAAGAAGGUCCAGGUAUCAAUGAUGAUGGUUCUGGUACCAUUUCAUUAUUAACCGUUGCCAAGCAAUUAACUCAUUUCAAGAUAACUAACAAAGUACGUUUUGCUUGGUGGUCUGCUGAAGAAGAAGGUUUACUUGGCUCGAAUUACUAUGCCGACCAUUUGUGUCCAAAAGAAAACAGUAAGAUCAGAAUGUUUAUGGAUUAUGACAUGAUGGCUUCUCCAAACUAUGAAUACGAAGUUUACGACGCUAACAACAUCGACAAUCCAAAGGGUUCUGAAGAAUUGAGAGAUCUAUACAUUGACUAUUACAAAUCUCAUAAUCUAAACUAUACUCUAAUUCCAUUUGAUGGCAGAUCCGAUUAUGUCGGUUUCAUUAACAACGGUAUUCCUGCUGGUGGUAUUGCUGCUGGUGCUGAAAAGGAUAAUGUUUUCAAUGGGGGUGUUUUAGACAAAUGUUAUCAUUUGUUAUGUGAUGACGUUUCAAACUUAGCCUGGGAUGCUUUCUUAGUCAACACCAAAUUGAUUGCUCAUUCAGUUGCCACAUAUGCUAACUCUUUGGAAGGAUUUCCAGUUAGAGAAAAUUCGACUUUGAUAGCUGAUGAUGUAGUUAAAACCAAAAAGAAAUGCAAUAAACAUCAAGAGCCAUCCGCCAAGGAGGACAAGCACCACAAGCCAUCCACCAAAGAAGCCAAGCACCACAAGCCAUCCACCAAAGAAGCCAAGCACCACGAGCCAUCCAUCAAGGAGGACAAACACCGCAAGCCAUCCACCAAGGAGGACAAACACCACAAGCAAUCCACCAAGGAAGCCAAGCACCACGAGCCAUCUGCUAACGAAUAUAAAAUGCACAGGGCUGUUGGACAAGGAUUCAAAUACAAGGGUAAUCAAUUGGUUUAUUAG